AUGGCUGUGGCGCUGCGAUUUGAUAGUUAUGCAGCACAAAUUCAAGCAAGCCGCAACUUUGGAACUGAGGUAACCGUCAAAGCUGCACCCCUAGCGGUGAAGAAACAGAAAGUUAGUCAAGCCAUGAAGGCGUACCUCGAACGUGCUCGCGAGAAUGAUGAAUUUAUGAAAACUCAGAAGCUGGAGUAUCAAAUUGGUAAGAGGCAUUUGGCGAAUAUGAUGGGAGAAGACCCAGAAACGUUUACGCAAGAAGAUAUCGAUAAUGCCAUCGAAUAUUUAUUCCCCUCUGGAUUGUUUGAUAAGCGUGCACGCCCUCUAAUGAAAAGCCCUGAAGAAGUCUUUCCAGCGCGUAAAGCAGCAGAGUUUGAUGAAACAGGCCGCCCCUUUCAUAGUAUGUUCUACACUGGACGACCAAAUUUCUUUAAAUUAUUAUACGACAUUGUUGAGGAGAUGAAUAAUUUACAUGAUCUUGAGGAACGCUUGUUGCGACGAGGUACACGCGCGGACCCAAAUCAAAAAGUUGACUUCACUGGAUUCCAAUGGUUAACCAAGGAUCAACUCGAAGCAAUUCUGGUGGAACAGAUAAACGAUUUGGAAUAUACAAAUUUCACUAAUGCAAUGGAUCGUUUAGUGUCGCUUCCAUUUUCAUAUAAAAGUCGAGAUUUUAUCAAUAAAUUUGCCAAACCAUUGCUGGAUCAAACCAAACAACUGGAGAUACCAAAACCACAAUUCGAUGCUGAAGGUCGCCAAUUUGUUACGACAUAUGAAUGCUUACGUAAGACAGCACGCGGCGAUGUUACUGUUCGCCUACCAGGAACUGGAAAAAUUACAAUUAAUGGUCAAGACAUCACUUAUUUCGAAGAACUACAGUCCCGUGAACAGAUUAUCUAA